AAAAAAAAAAAGAGGAAGAAAAGGGGAAAUGCAGUCUAUGCAGAUGUUUUUCUUGAAUUUGGUAGGCGGGAAAAUCUCCAAAACAGCAAAAACCCUAAUUUGACCCUUCAUCUUGGCGUUUCCCUCUCAAGCUAGCCGGAGACUGUGAGUGAGAAAUUUGAAUGGACAGGAUACACGUUUCCGUGAGAGCGAGGCCUCUCUCCGCCGACGACGUGAAGGCCAGUCCCUGGCGCAUUUCCGGGAACACAAUCUUCAUACCCAACCAAUCUUCCAAAUUCGAUUUUGAUCAGAUUUUUGGGGAGGACUGUAGGACUCAAGAUGUAUACAGAGCUCGGACUAGGGAUAUAGUCGAGGCUGCAGUUGGUGGUUUUAAUGGUAUGUUGGAGAUUCAGUUAAAAGCAUGCAACACUAACAACAGUAUACCAACUCCAUUGGAUAUGUUCAUUAAGUAUGGAACUGUUUUUGCUUAUGGCCAAACGAGUAGUGGUAAAACACAUACUAUGCGAGGAUCAAGCUCUGAGCCUGGAGUCAUACCUCUUGCUGUUCAUGACCUGUUUGACAUUAUACAACAGGAUAUGGAUAGAGAGUUCCUCCUUCGCAUGUCGUAUAUGGAAAUUUACAAUGAAGAAAUAAAUGACUUGCUAGCUCCAGAGCAUAGAAAACUGCAGAUUCAUGAAAGUAUUGAGCGGGGAAUAUUUGUUGCCGGAUUGAGAGAGGAGAUCGUAGCUUCACCUGAUCAAGUUCUCGAACUCAUGGAAUUUGGGGAGUCUCAUCGUCAUAUUGGGGAGACGAAUAUGAAUGUAUACAGCAGUCGAUCACACACAAUUUUCCGCAUGAUUAUUGAGAGCAGGGAGAGAAGUGGUGAUGUGGCAGCAGAGUUCUCAUGUGAUGCUGUUCGAGUUUCUGUUUUGAAUUUGGUGGAUCUGGCUGGUUCGGAACGUGCAGCUAAGACUGGAGCUGAAGGUGUUCGCUUAAAGGAGGGCUCCCACAUCAACAAAAGCCUGAUGACCUUAGGAACUGUUAUAAAAAAACUGAGUGAAGGUGCUGAGAGCCAAGGAGGGCAUGUCCCUUAUCGAGACAGCAAACUCACGCGUAUUCUGCAACCAGCAUUGGGUGGGAAUGCAAAUACUGCCAUAAUUUGCAAUAUUACACUUGCACAGAUCCAUGCUGAUGAAACUAAAAGUAGUCUUCAGUUUGCUAGCAGAGCAUUGCGCGUGACAAACUGCGCUCAUGUCAAUGAGGAUAGGUUAUCUGGAAACCUGUCUCUUUGUUACUUCAGAAUACUGACUGAUGCUGCGUUGCUAAAACGUCAAAAGAAGGAGAUUGAAGAACUUCGAGCUAAAUUGCUGGGUUUACAUUCCGAACAUCUUGAAGAGGAGAUAUUGAAUCUGCGGAAUACUUUGCUAAAGAGUGAAUUGGAGAGAGAGAGAAUCUCUUUAGAGCUGGAGGAAGAAAAGAGAGCUCAGGCUGAACGCGAGAAGAGGUUACAAGAGCAAGCCAAGAAAAUAAAAAACUUGAGUUCUAUGGUACUUUGUGCAAACAGAGAAGAGAAUAGUGACGUCUACAAGAAGUUGAAAGCAUCUGUUACUUCUCAGAAACCUUUUGCUGUCAUGAUGAAAGCUAAUGCCGCAAAAAGACGCGAUACCUGGUGCCCUGGAAAUCUUGCAAGGAAGAAUUUAAAAGAGUUGUCACCUGUAGUUGAAGAGCACCUCUCAGAAGUGAAAUCAGCAGGAACAGCAGUGGGGUCACUUCUUCCUUUUGAAGAGUUAGUUAAAGAAGAAAGUACUAAUGAGCUCAGAAAACAAGACGAAGACUGUAAACGCAGUGCUUUGGAAGAUCCUAGUCUUCCUGAUCCUCAUGCUCUGCUGCAUGUUACCAGUAGGCGAAAAGUUGCACCCAAGAAACAAAGUUCAACUAUGGAAAGCGAUGGCUUUGCUGAGCUGCAAGCAGAUUAUGAAAAUCUGCUUAUAGAAUUCGAAACUCAACGGAUAAUGAGUGACAUCCAAAUUGAUCAAUUAAUGUCGAAGCUUGAGGUGGCUGAUCAGAAAUGCAAAGAGUGUGCUGUACAGAACAUAAAUUCUUUAUCCCAUAAAGAUGGAACUGGAAGUUUGAGGGACUCAGAUGCUAUACUUGUGAUUAAACAGCUUCAAGAAAAGAUUGCUGUUUUGGAGAUGGAGAAAUGCUCAAGCCAGAAGCAACUGGAUUCUGUUGUCGAUUUGGCAACUGAGCAAACUAUAUCUGCACAGGAGAAAUAUGAAAAGGUUCAAGUUCUGACCUUCAGAGGCAAUCGAACAAUUCCUUACUGUUUAUUAAUUGAACUUUGUGAGGAACUAAUACUUGCACGAGAAGAAGCAACUCAAGCACAUGACAACCUUGCUCUGGCAAAUCCUUGCAUGGACCUUCGUCCUUCUGUUUCCCAGACAAUGGUUCAAAUAGAGUCAUUAGCAAGGAACCACAAUAAGGCACAAUCUUUCUUAAGGAACAAAGUUUGCGAACUUGAAGAUGAAAAACUUGUUCUUAGCAAUCAAGCUUCAGAUCUUCGUAGUCGGAUAGACGAAUUAAAUUCAGAAGUUCAAGAAUCUAGAAAUGCAUUCAUGUCGGCAAUUUCUUACCUUUCCAAUUCUUUUCUGAAGGAACUUAACAAGAAACAGGAAGCUGAAAAGACAGAAUUUCAGUGUCAACUUCAAAUGCUCCAAAUGGAAAUUUCAUCGUUAUCAACAUGUGCCCUAGCGAAAGAAAAAGAAAAUAUCAGAAAGGAAUUGGAGAAAGCAAAAUCAAAAUUAAAAGAUACAGAAUUCAAGCUCAAGAAUGCUGUACAGGAUAAAACAAAGCUCGAGGGUGAGAAGGCGUGUGCAGAGAGAGAACUUAAAAAAGUGCAAAGCCAGAAGGCUAUGCUUGAGCGUGACAUGAGCAAGCGCGAGUCUAUUAUUGGCAGAAGACGUGAUUCAAUUAUGGACAAGGGCUCAAAUAUUUUUGAUUAUAAACGUAACAAAGGGUCUAAUUUGGCUGAGCUGGAGGAGUACAAGAAGAUGGAAGUGCUAGCUUUCGAGAUGGAGGCCACAAUCGCAUCGUUAGAGGACCAGUUGGCAACAGCAAAUGAGGAAAAAGAUAUAGCCACCUCCAGAGCUGAGAGUCUGGCUGUCGAUUUGCAGUCAUUGUCGGAUGAAUUGUCAUUAUCAAAUUCAGAGUCGAGUGCACUGAAGGAAGAAGUUUCAGUUCUUAGAACAUGCCUGGAAGAAUCAAGGUCUCAUGUAGAGGAAUUGGAAAGUUUACUAAAAACGUUAUCAGAAGAAAAGGAGGACUUGUCAAUGCAAUUCACUGAGGCUCUUUUGGCUAUGGAGGAGGAGAAAGCAAUAUGGUCAUCCAAGGAGAAAGCUUCUUUUGAAGUCAUCGGAGAAAAGGAAAAAAUGUACACUUCUGAAAUUGUUUCACUAUCACAAAAGUUGUCAGAGGCAAGAAAUGAAUUGGAGGAUUGUAGAAAAAACUGCGAAGAUCAUGAACAGUUGCUACAAAAGUUGGAGGAAAAUGCCGCUUUGCAAAAGCGGUGCAGAUGCUUUAAUGAUAAAUUAUCGGAAAUCAACCCCACAAAUGAACAAAGUGUUCCCGAUGAUCCAAGCAAAAGAUCUCCAGAGAUUUCUAAUUCCCAAAUGAGCUCUGAGUGCCAAAACCCAUACGAAGAAAUUGAAGUCUUACGAUUGGAGAUGAGUGGUCUUAGAAAAGAAAGGCAGUAUUUAUUGUCCCAGGUUCAAGAAUUGGAAGCAAGACAGCCUGUUUUGCAAGAUGACACUCAGGUAAUAACGUUAAAACACGACCUGGAGCAGCAGAGUUUCAGACUUACUAGCAUGGAGGAAAAGAUGCAUAAUCAUCACCAGAAUCGGAUUAAUAGCGACAUGGAGAAGAUGAAACUCAGGAUGAGACUCCACUGCACUCAGGCAAAACUCGACACGUUUCGCGUUAGAUACCGGGAGUCGGUGGACGAGUUAGAAUAUAUGAAUAGGAAAUUCGAGUCCGCUUCUAAGAAGCUAAAGAAAGAGUUGGCUAUGUAUGGUACUGAAGUUUUGCACCUGAAGAAGCAACUUGCUGGUUUUAAAAGACAAUGA